CUCAAGGAAGUUCAGACAGCAGAACAGAUGACAGAGAUACAGUUCGAAACAAGAGAGAGUGCUAUUAUACAGUAAAAUUAAGCGCUCUUAUCGUUUCUAGGCGAAUUUUAUUUUUUUUCUGUGCGGAAAAGAUUAACGGUAUGCUACUUUAGUAAAUACUUUAUGCGUUUCAUUCCAAACGAGCAAAAAUUAGCAAAUCAGUUAGACUAAACGAAAAAAUAAUUUAGUUAUAAAAGAACACAAAGUAUCAGUAAUCGCGAUUAAAGCGCAUGCAUCUGUGCGUAAAACGCAGCUAUCCAAGUGGUUUCCUGCAACUCCAAAUACCCUAAAACGUUGCAAUGGAAAAAUCGAAGAAUUUCAGGAUCGACGCCCUUCUGGCUGCAGAGCCACACCGAGGGACCCGAGAAGCAUCACCUGGACUGAGCAGCGACAGCCCUACGGGAAGCCCGGUGUCUUGCAGGGGCGGCGACACUCCGUCCCCCCGCGGGACCCCGGGGGCCAUUCACCUCCAAACCGGAAUCAUACCUAAACCAGGGCUGCUCAGUUUUCAACACCCGGGACUCACUUCACUUCCAGGCAUGUACACAACGCCCAUGUACCCUAUUUCAGCUUUGGGAGGUCAGCACCCUGCCUUGCCGUUCUCGGGUUUUACGUAUCCGGCGUAUCCGGAGCAGCUGAAGGCAGCGGCGAUGGCCGGAUCUUUACCCCUGGAACACUGGAUACGAGCUGGCAUCAUGGUACCACGACUGCCCGAUUACACCUGUGAGUGGGGUGGCGUUCAGAUGACGUCCCCACAGUCCGGUUUGAUGGGUAAAUGUCGUAGGCCACGGACAGCAUUCAGCAGUCAGCAACUACUGGAGCUGGAAAACCAGUUUAAACUUAACAAGUACCUUUCCAGACCCAAACGCUUUGAAGUGGCCACAUCGCUCAUGCUGACUGAGACACAGGUCAAGAUCUGGUUCCAGAACCGUCGAAUGAAGUGGAAACGUAGUCGUAAGGCUAAAGAACAGGCCACACAGGUCAAGGCCGUAUGUCAGCCCGGGGGAACCAAGAUGACCAAUGAGAGGUCAGGAAGGGAUGGCCGCAGGGUCAUUGCUCAGAGUGUAGAUGAGCACGAGGAAGAGGACGAUCUUGAGGAGGAGGAUGAGGAGGAAAGGCAACACAAAUUCAUAAAUGACAACCUUAAUGUACCACGUUGCACAGACUUUCUACACCACAUGUCUGCAUUAGGAUGCCACCCCGACAGCCCGUUCUCUGAGGACGUCAUGGAGGAGGUGGGAGGAAGUGAUUGAAAUUACCCAUUUACUUUCUUAAGGAAUAUAUUUUUUUAACAUUUUUUUUUUUUUUUUUUUUUUUACUGUGCAUGAUUCAUUAGUUCUCAUUAUUCCAAAGAUAUAAUGAUGUGAGCAACUUUUCUGAAAUCUUACAACUAGUGUGGUAAUUUAAUACAGAUUAACAGAAAUGUAAUAUACUUAACAGCAAUAAUAAAUACAGAAAAUUUUGAAAAAUAAUUACCACUGGGAAAUAUCAAAAUGUUCUGGAGAGUAAACUUAUAUGUAGUUUCAUGUGGUGUCAAACCAAAACAACAAAAUAACAUUAAAUCAGCUUGAAAUACAUUGGAUUUUAUUUAAUUAAAAAAUUUGUUGAAAGGUGCAACAUGCAUAUAAAUAUUAAUUUGCAUUAAAAGUAUGCAAUGUACUUUAAUAUGCAUUGUUUUUUUUACCUUCUCUCCACCCCUCAUAUGCAUCAUUUACAUAUGAGAUGGAGUAUGGAGCAUGUAUGAGUUGUAAGUAAUGUAUAUUUCUAUAUGUCAUAGUUACAUUCAUAUGUGGCUCAGUGGUUGUUCACUUCGAUGUUAUUUUAAGAAAGUUAAAGUCUAUGUAAUAUAUUUCCAUUAAAGGAUGCAAGAGAGGUAGAUCCACAGUAAUGUUAUAUUUGUCCGUGUUGCUGUAAAUUGCUGCAAAUAAACUAAAAAAAGGCAAAAGUGUGGCAAUGAUUGUAUUGAAAAUCUGAA